AUGGUCAAUCGGACCCAUGAAUUUAAGGCUCUCCUAAACCGUAUUGGUUCAGCCAGGAACCGUGGACCUGUCAUCGGCCCUAUUCUUGGCGGCUUCAUCUAUGAUUAUACGCUCAAAUGGAGAUGGGCCACAUGGGUGAUCAUGAUAUGGGGUGGAGUUGCAUUUCUACUGAUGUCCUGCCUUGCGGAAACUUACGCUCCAUCGCUCCUUCAACAGAAAGCAAAGAGACUUCGUAAACAGCAUGGCGAAGAACGGUAUUGGAGUCGGUACGAUGUCCGGGUUGGUUUCCUGGAGCUGAUGAAAGUCAACUUGUCUCGACCUUUUAUGAUGGCCGUGAAAGAGCCGAUUUGCAUGUUCUGGAAUGUAUAUAUCGGAAUCGUCUAUGGCAUCCUCUACCUGUGUUUUGUGGCAUAUCCUUUCGUGUACAACGGAGUUCGUGGUUGGACCAUUUCUCAGUCGAGUCUGGCAUUUGUUGGAAUUGGCGUCGGGAAUCUGGUCACCAUUGUUGCAGCAAACCCAAUCAAGCGGAUGAUCGAGUCGCACAAGCCACGUACUGAUCCCAGAACUGGCGUGUCUGAAGUGCCUCCGGAGAGUAUGAUGAGUGUGGUAUGCAUAGCUGCGAUCUUGAUUCCGGUCGGUAUACUCUGGUUUGCAUGGACGUGUCUCCCUAUUUCGAUCCACCCAGCGAUUAGUAUUGCAGCUGGAAUACCGUUUGGCGCUGGCAAUGCUGCAGUCUUUAUCUAUGCGUCGAAUUACCUCGUGCACAGCUACGGGAUAUAUGCUGCAAGCGCCAUGGCUGGGAAUGCUGUGGUACGGUCUGUGUUGGGAGGUGUACUCCCUAUGAGCGGUCACGCGCUGUAUAGCAAAUUAGGAGCAAACUGGGCGGGCACCUUGCUGGGCUUGCUUGAGGUUGCGAUCAUACCCAUUCCCUUCAUCUUUUACAAGUAUGGCUACAAAAUCCGAGAAAAGAGUACUUUGAUUAGACAAAUGAGAGAGAUAGAAGAGAGACAGCAGGCGAAGAAGAGAAAGGCUGAAGCCAGAGCACACAGAGGUUUGGCCGCUGAAGAGCGGAACAGUAAAGGAGUGCCCUUGAUCACAAUGUUGGAUGAAAAAGAGACAGACCUUAGAGUCAGGUCAACGGUGGCAGAUAUAGUAGGCAAAGAGGAGGUAUAA